AUGGGCAUGAUCAAGCUCUUGUUCUCUCAUCCGCUCGCGCAGGCUAAAGGUGACGAGGACGCAGAGGCUCUCAGGGACCCCUCUCUAGACACGGCUCUGCUGGCAGCAGCACACGGCAGGUGCCCCUGGUGUGCACGCCGCCUGCCCUCUCCGCUCACCACCUCCUCUGCGUCACCCCAGCAGCGUCAGCGCUCAUGGGCAGGCACACGUGGGGGAUCGCCGCUGCUCGCACUCUGUGGGGAUGCUGGCGUGGCUGGUGCUGGUGCUGCUGCUGGUGCUGGUGGCAAUGGCAGCAGCAGCAGUGCGGGGCAGCGUAUCCUGGCCAGCCUGCAGGGACCUCUGCCGUCACCGCUGACCGCUGCGCUGCUGGCGGGGGAAGUGAAGUCGCUCCUCCUCGCUGCCUUUGGCUCCCGCCGCCUCACCGGCCCGCUCUCCCUCCCCGCCCUCGCUGCUCCCACCCGCCCCACGCCCCCCCUCCCCACCCCCACAACUUCCCCUGCCGCCCCCCCCUCCUCCCCCGCUCCCCCCACGACCAUCAAGCCACCUUCCCCGAAAAUUCAACCCGAAGCCGCGCCUGCUGCUGCUGGUGCUGCAGCAAAGGUGGGGGAGGAGGUGCUGGGAGAAAAGGUGGUGGGGAGUGGAGGAAUGGAGAAAGCCGCAGUGGUGGAGAGUCCAGGAGGAAAGGCAGGGGGUGGCGCAAGUGAUGUGGGGAAGGUUGGGGCGGAUGAGGAUGGGGAUGGUGGGCGGCAGGGGAGGGGUGCGGAUGGGGAUGCGAGAGUGAGGGAGGAGGUGGAGGAGGGGGAGGCUGUGGAGAUGGAGGAAGGGGAGGCGAGGGAGGAGGGGGCCGUGGAGGAGGGUGAAGCAGUGGAGGUGGAGGUGGAGAGGGGGGGGACGGGAGAAGUGGGGGAGAGCAGGGCCACACGGGGAGUGAGGUGGGAGGGGGUGAAGGGCGGGAGUGGUACGGAGGGGAGGGACGGGAGCCAAGGGGUGAAGGAGGAGGGUGAGGCAGGGGUGGUGGGUGCAGAGGUCGGUGCGAGUGGGGGGAUUACGGAGGGUAAGGACGUGGGCGCACGUAGAGAAGAGGAGGAGGGGGAGAACGAGAAGGGGAGUGGAGCAAGCAAAGGGGUGGAGGCAGAGGGUGGUAAGGAGGUGGAGGGGAGUAAGAAGACGGAAGGGAGUAAGGACGUGGGAGAGAGUAAGGAGGUGGAGGGCAAUGAGGAGGAGGCAGGGAGCAGAGUGCGGAGUGUGGUGGCGCUGUGUCCUCCAGCAGUGCUGGUGGGGUAUCAGGACGACUGGCUGGCCACCUCGCCCUCGCUGCUGCGCCUCUGGGACAAGGCGCCCUUCGAACCCUACUGCCUGCCUAAACCCGUACGCCCUCUUCUUCUGUUCUUCUCCCCCCCUCCCCCCCACACACACCCACCUACCCACCUGCGCUCCUGUGCGUGUUCUGUACUGUCAUCACACGGCACUGUCUCUUGCUCCUCCAUUCCGGGCUGGCCCCAAGGGCUCCCUCUGCAUGCUUUUAUCCCCCACCAUCCCGUCCGCGCGUCCUGCUCUCCCCACUUCCUGCACUGCUCUGUCCUUCUCCACUGCAACCCCAUCUCUCACUCCCUGCUACUCCCCACCCCUUCAACCCCCACGCACCUCACCCCACCCAUUCCAACCCCUCCUGUCAACUCCGCACCCCAUGCGCCCUGGCAGCUAUCAGUGUUGGCCAUCUGCCCUGCGCUGCCUGCCAUUGCUCGACCCCUGCGCGCCUUCCUCUCUGACCUUGCUGCAGUGUACGAGGCAUGUUCCCUGGGCACCUUCUCCCCACUGCUGUCGCUCUCCCCCGCCCCCGACCAGCACCACCCCCCGGGGAUGCUACCAGUGCCGCUGCCCCCCGCCCACCUGCCCCCGGCCCGUGCCGUGGGUGCUUUCAGUGACGGCGUGGCAGCUGCUCUUGCGAAGCUGCCUCGCACCGCCCUCUUCCCCCCCACCAACUCCACCGACCCUGACCUCUGCCCCUCCACGCUGCUCCUGCUGGUGUGCCCCUGGACAUCCCCUGGGGCGGCCCUCUCCCUCUUCCUCCGCACUGCUGCCCACACCCAUGCCCUCACGCUCGCUGCUGCCAAAGACUCGCCCGCGUCAGCAUCACCCACAGCCGCACAUCCCACUGUGCCGCCCAGUCUCACACUCUUCCCGCGUCCACUCACCGUGCACCUGCUGCCCAUGACCCAUGUGCUCUCCCUCUCGCACUCUGCGCGCGCCAGCUCCCUCCGCCAGCUUGCCCUCUCGCUCUUCUCCAAAAGAGCAGCGAGCAGCGUGCAAGGGCAGGCGGUGGGGAGUGCAGUGGCUCCCAAGGUGGAGCAGCAGGGGAAGAGCGACGGCAAGGCGGGAUGGCUGAGGGAGAGAGUGAGCAGUCACCCUCCCCUCUCCCCGUCUCUCACUCCUGCUGCUGCUGCUUCUGCAGUGCCGGGGACCACAGCAGUGGGAGGCACGGCGUCACAGCAAGGAGCAGCAGCAGCAGCAGCGCAGGCGCAUGGACAGGUGGGCGCGCCUGGCAGCAGGGCAGAGGCGGGUGCAAGGGUGCCGUGGGUGGUGGCGGUGUGGACAGACUCUCGGGGCGAAUUGCUUGAGACCCGCGUGCUGCACGGCUGGGCACAUGCUGGGGCGGACGGGGACGCUGGAGAGGACGGCGAUGGUGGGGAUGGUGAGAAGGGAGGGGAGUCUGGGAAAGGGAUGAGUGGUGGCAGGGGAGGUGUGGGUGAUGGGACGGGAGGGGGGGAGGGUGGGGAUGGAGGGAGGGAUGUAAGGGGUGUGGCGGAGGGCAGGGUUGGAGGUGGGGGAGAGGGAGGGGGAGGGGUUGAUGGAGUGGGUGGGGUUGGGGAGGGAGGUGAUGAGGAGAUGAGGCGGGAUGGGUGUAGCGUGGAGGGGGAGAGAAAGGAUGGGAUGGAGGUGGAUGGUGGGACGGGUAUGGGGGAAAGUAGUGGAGGUGGGGUGGCAGGGAGUGUGUUGGAGCAGGUGCUGCAGGUGGGCGUGCAAGUGGUGGCGCUGCUGCAGCACAAAGCACGGCUGCAGGCAGGCAGGGACACGGAGAAGGGGCAAGGGGAGGCCGGGAGGGGGAGAGAGGGCGGUGGGGGGGGAGGGGAGGAGGAUUGGUGGAUGGCCCAGCGGCCGGUUUAUGUGGUGAAGGCGGGGCAGGGGAUGACACGAGCGGAGCUGCAAGCAUGGGAGCAAGCCGUUUUGUCGCUCUCCUCCUCCUCCUUCCACCCAGUUUUCUCCGCAUCUUCUCGCAGCGCCACCCACCCACCUCCACGCCACCCCACGCCCACCAGCCGCACACCCCAUGCAGCAGCAGGCAAGGCAGCACAUGCACAGGCACAGGCACAGGCAGGCAGAAACACCGCACAAGGACGACCAACGGCAACGGCUGGAAAGGCAGAGGGGAGGAAGACGAAGGAGGGAUUUCUGGUUGCACAGACAGGAGCAGCCCAGUCCAUGCCUGUGCGCCCCCCCUCGCAACCCGCCUCUGCUUCCAUCCCCGCCCAUGUGGGUGGGCAUGAGGGAGGGCAGGUGCAGGGCCGGGUGUCUCAAGAACCUGGAAGCAGCACGCCUUGUGUCGCCCCUGCUCCCGGUGCCCCUAACCCCCUCUCCCACGCCGCUGCCCUUGCGGUGGAUCCCCCCCCUCACCUGCCUGGCCAGCGUGCAACGGUUAAGGACCAAGUGGGCAACGGGAGAGGUGGUGCAGGGAGUAAGGGCAAGGAGAGUCAGGGUAAACGGAGCACGAUUAAAGGUGAUAAAGUUAAGGCAAGAGGAGAGAAGGUGGUGAAGCAGAACAUGGGGAAUGAGGAGAAGGGGAAGGGGAAGAAGAUGGAGGGUAAGAAGGAAGAGGGGAAGCAGACGAAGGGGAAGGAGGAGAAGGGGAAGGAGAAGAAGGGGACGAAGGAGGGGAAGGAAAAGAAGGGGAAGGAGGACAAGGGGAAGAAGGAGGGUAAGGAGAAAAAGGGAAAGGAGAACGAGGGGACGAAGGAGGGGAAGGAGAAGAAAACAGGUAAGAAGACAGGUGUUGAUAGUGGGAAGAAGAAAAUAGGUAAGAAGACAGGUAUUGAUGGUGGGAAGAAGAAGAAGAAAGUAGGUAUGAAGACGGGUAUUGAUAGUGGGAAGAAGAAGAAAACAAGUAAGAAGACAGGUGUUGAUAUCGGGAAGAAGAAGACAGGCCGCGGUGAUAAGAAGGUGGGCCGUAAAAGCAGUGGCAGCAAGGAGGGGAAACUGGUGAAGUCUUUGCGAGCAAAGAUAAAGCUGGGCAAGGCCCGGGAGGCAGGGAGGCGGGGCUUCACAGCAUCAAAAGUGCACAAGGCGGCAGGCAGGGCGACAGGCAGUGGCAAGAAGGGGAAGAAAGGGGCUCGGAAGCAGUGGAGGCGAGUGUGGCGGGAGAAGAUGCGGGAGGUGGGGCGUGUGGUGCGCGAGCUGACGAGCGCGGAGGACGAUGGGUGCGAGGCCGUGCGUGGGGUUGCCACAGCUGUGAUUCUCAACACGGCAACGCACCGAGGGUGUGCAGGAGGGGAGGGGGGGACGGCAGCAGGGGCAAGCGGUGCAGCAGCGGCAUGGCUGGGGCUGGAAGGGCUAUCGGUGGGAGCAGCACAGGAGGCGUUUAGGCUUGGGUUGCCGUGGCUGGGCGCGUACCAGGCUGGUGUGAGUGCUGCUGGAUUCCUCCCCCGCUCUUCCUUCUCCGGCGGCACUGGUGCUGGGGGCUUGGGUGCAAGGCUGGGGUCGCAUGGAGCAGCACAUGCAGCAGCAGCAGCAGCAGCAGCAGCAGGUGGCGGUGUGAUGGCAGGAGGGAUCGGGUGUGGUGCUGGGGGAGGGGUGGUGGCUGUGACUGUUGCGGCUCACUUCAUUGCAGGCUCUGCUGCUGCUGACGCACGGCACAAGCAAGGGGAGGCAGAAGGUAAGCAGCAGAACAGGUGCGUUACGAUUCAGGGCAGGAGAGACAGGCGUGCGGUGGGGAGAGGUGCUGAUGCGAGACAGAGGGCGGGUGAUGGAGUGACUGAUGGUGUGCAGAGAGAGGGUGAGGGGCGGGGAGAUGUGGGGGUGAAAGUGAAGCGAGAGAGGGAAGGGGAGGGCUGUGGGCCAGGAGGAGCGGAGCAGGGAGGGGGGGAGGGGAAUGCGGAGGGCAGGAGGAAGCGACAGCGGGUGGAGGUAACAGGUGGAGCGGCAGGGCCAGGUGGUGGGGAGGGUGUGGUGCAGGAGGGCAAGGGUGGGGAGAGUAGCGUGCAUGGCAGGGGGGAGGAGGGUGUGGAGGGCAAUGGUGCAGAGAUGGGUUCGAAGGUGCAAGGCAGUGGUGGUGGGAGGGUGAGUGCAGAGCAGAGAGAGGCAGCUCCUGAGCCGUCUCACAAGGCGCGAGGAGAACACACAGAGGCCCAGGCUGGGGAUAUGGGGGAGGCGGGAGGACCGGCACAGCACAGGAAUGGCAUGGGCGUGGGCAGUGAGGGAGGGCGGGAAGGAGGAGAGCAGCGGACACAGAAGAGCGAUACAGGCAGCAAAGGGGCUGAGAAGAGGGAAGGCGAGGUGGGUGAGAGUGAGUGGUGGGAGGCAGCAGCAGAUGCGGCGGCAAGGCGCGUGGCACAGCAGGUGGGAGCAGAGCUGCAUGCGCUCUCAUGGCUCUCCAAGCAGGUGUGGGAGGGGGAGGAGAGGGUGGUGGUGGUGGUGCAGCGCGUGGAGGGGAGCAGGCGGAGCAGGCAGCAGAUGUGCGAGCGCACAGCCAAGGCGCAUGCUUCUGAGAAAUCACUUGACACUAGUCCACCCUGCUCCUCCUGCUGCAUCUCUAAGCUGCAGUCUUCUAACAUGCACUGGCGCACUAGACAAGUCUAA